UCGCCGGGAGCUUCGCCCCAGCGUCCCGUCCGGCGACGACGUCACGCGGGGGAGGGCUCUGAAGGAGGCGGUGCGGGCCCUUGGGGGACAGGCCGGGCGGUGCCCUGACCAGGGAUUGAACCCAGAACCUUGGUAUAUCAGGAUGAUGCUCUGACCAACUGAGCUACCUGGCCAAGGCCAUGGCAGAGUCAUCUUGGGAGAGAAGCCAAGGAGGGGAGCCUGCAGGAUCAAAGAAUGACACAGAUGGGCCAGGGAACACAGAGUUUAAAGUAUAAGACCGUGAUUAUGAGUGACCAAAUCAAAUUCAUUGUGGACAAUCUCAAUAAGGAGCCUUUUAGGAAGAGCUAUAAUUUAAUCACAUUUGAUUCCCUGGAGCCAAUGCAACUAUUACAAGUUCUCAAUGAUGUUCUGGCUGAGAUUGACCCAAAGCAAGUUGUUGAUAUCAGAGAGGAGAUGCCAGAGCAAACAGCCAAACGGAUGUUAAGCCUCCUUGGUAUCCUUAAAUAUAAACCUCCAGGAAAUGCCACAGACAUGAGUACCUUUCGUCAGGGUCUGGUGAUUGGAAGUAAACCUGUAAUUUACCCUGUGCUCCACUGGCUUCUUCAGAGGACUAAUGAGCUGAAGAAAAGAGCAUAUUUAGCUCGUUUCUUAAUAAAACUGGAGGUACCAAAUGAGUUUCUUCAGGAUGAAACUGUGGCUGAUACCAAUAAACAGUAUGAAGAGUUGAUGGAAGCCUUUAAAACUUUGCAUAAAGAAUGUGAGCAGCUUAAGACAUCUGGAUUUUCCACAGCAGAAAUAAGAAGGGAUAUCAGUGCAAUGGAGGAAGAAAAGGAUCAGCUCAUUAAGAGAGUUGAACGUUUGAAGAAAAGGGUGGAGACAGUUCAGAAUCAUCAACGGAUGCUUAAAAUAGCAAGACAACUUCGAGUUGAAAAAGAGAGGGAAGAAUUUCUUGCACAACAGAAACAGGAACAAAAGAAUCAGCUAUUUCAUGCAGUGCAGAGACUGCAAAGAGUACAAAACCAGCUGAAAAGUAUGCGCCAUGCGGCAGCAGAUGCAAAGCCUGAAAGUUUAAUGAAGAGACUAGAGGAGGAGAUGAAGUUUAAUUCAUAUAUGGUAACUGAAAAAUUUCCUAAAGAAAUAGAGAACAAGAAAAAAGAAUUGCAUUUUUUACAAAAAGUAGUGUCAGAGCCUGCUAUGGGCCAUUCUGAUCUUCUGGAACUUGAAUCUAAAAUAAAUGAAAUAAAUACACAGAUCAAUCAGCUGAUUGAAAAGAAAAUGUUGAGAAAUGAGCCAAUUGAAGGCAAACUCUCACUAUAUAGGCAACAGGCAUCUAUCAUUUCACGUAAAAAAGAAGCAAAAGCUGAGGAACUGCAGGAAACAAAGGAGAAGUUAGCCAGCCUCGAGCGGGAGGUGUCUGUGAAGACGAACCAGGCCCGGGAGUUUGAUGGCACUGAAGUUCUGAAGGGAGAUGAGUUCAAGCGAUAUGUCAGCAAACUUCGAAGCAAGAGUACAGUUUUCAAAAAGAAGCAUCAGAUAAUAGCUGAAUUUAAAGCUGAGUUCGGUCUCUUACAGAGGACAGAAGAACUCCUUAAACAACGUCUUGAAAAUAUUCAGCAUCAACUGCAAACCAUUGAGGAGAAAAAGGGAAUAUCUGGAUAUAGUUACACCCAAGAAGAGCUGGAGAGAGUGUCUGCACUGAAGAGUGAGGUUGACGAAAUGAAAGGACGGACCCUGGAUGACAUGUCUGAAAUGGUAAGAAAACUGAAUUCACUGGUAUCUGAAAAGAAGUCGGCUCUAGCCCCAGUUAUAAAAGAACUGCGACAACUGCGUCAAAAAUGUCAAGAACUAACCCAGGAGUGUGAUGAAAAGAAAUCGCAGUAUGAUAGCUGUGCAGCAGGCCUCGAAAGCAAUCGGUCCAAAUUGGAACAGGAAGUCAGAGGACUCCGUGAAGAAUGUCUUCAAGAAGAAAGUAAAUACCAUUAUACAAAUUGCAUGAUUAAGAACCUGGAAGUUCAACUUCAUCGCGCUGUUGAUGAGAUGAAGGCAUAUGUCUCUUCCGACCAACAAGAAAAAAGAAAAGCUAUUAGGGAACAGUAUACCAAAAAUAUUGCUGAACAAGAAAAUCUUGGAAAGAAACUUCGGGAGAAACAAAAAGCUGUUCGAGAAAGUCACGGUCCAAAUAUGAAGCAAGUGAAAAUGUGGCGUGAUUUUGAACAGUUGAUGGAAUGUAAGAAACAGUGCUUUCUGAAACAACAAAACCAAACUUCCAUCGGUCAGGUAAUUCAGGAGGGAGGAGAGGAUCGGCUGAUACUCUGAAUUCAUGUGUCGUCACUCGGGGUUUUAGCUGGCAUGACUUCUAUAAGCAUACUCCCAUGAUGUAUUUCUUUUCUUGAAAGUGGUUUGUGCAGUAUUUUGCUUUUGGAUUAGCUACUCCCCAUUAAGCUUUUUUGGAAAUAAUGUAAAGAUACAUUUAAGUUUUAAAGUAUUUAAUAUGAAAAAAAGGCUUUUAUUUUUGCUUAGUUUAUACAUUAGGAGAGCCUUCUGAGUUUUAUGAGAUGUGGGAUGAAGUUUACUAUAUGUAAAUGUAAACAUAUGUUCAUUAAGAAACAUGUAGUUUUAUUUUUAAUGUAGUAACUUAAUGGCUUAAUGUUUUUCUUAAUCUUUUUUUAACUUUAGAAGAAUCUUUUAGGAACUAAUAUCUCUUGUUUUGAAGAAACAUUUAUCUGAAGUUCAGCAAUUCCUACAGUUUCACUUCAGUUUCUUUUUCUUCUGUCAAAUUCAAGAAAAUUUAACGUUUUGAAUAACAUAUUCGUAUUACUUAAAGGCAAAUAAAAUUUGGUGUACAUAUCAUGGCUAUUUAUUUAAAAAUUAUAUAGUGUCAAAAUUUAUUUUUUAAUUAACAGUUAUAGUACGUAUUAAAUUUAAGGAUUAUCACUUAUUUUCAUCAAAAAUCUAAAAUAGUACUUAGGUCUUGGGAACUGAUAUUUUAAAUUUUAAAAAAAGUCACAGUGUAGGUGUUAUGUGCUAAAACGUUAGCACAGGAUUCCAAAUGAAAUUCAAGACUUCAAGGUUUCUAGUCUCUGCUUCAUCUGGACAAGGUAUUUGAAGAUUCCUUUGAUUUUUGCUUAAAGAAAGAUAUUAAAUGUAUAUGCCACCAUUUGUUUCAUUUCAACUUUCAGGUACAUUUCAGAAUGUUUUCCCUUUAGUUUUGGACACUCAGAUAUGAAAUUGUUAGAUGUCCAUCAUAGGUUAAUUAGUUCUUUUUAGCUAUCUUUUUUUUUGGGGGGGGGGGGGGGAUUAAUGAAGAAAAAAAUUGUUUCUACCCCUGCUCAAAAUAUACAACAUUGAUUAUGGCUUUGCAUCUUUGUUCCCAAAUGUGUCCUACUUGUAAUUUUUGUUUGAAAGCUUCUUUCUGGGUAAUCAGAGAAACUUACUAGCAUGGAGAUAUUGAUAAUUUAGAAGCUAUCCCAAGAAUCAUUUAUCAGGUAAGUGUAGAAGAAACUUCUAAGAAGUUUUAAAAAACAAAGCAUUUCUAUGUUAUUAAGUGGUUUGAUCUGGCCCUCAGCUUACUUGAGCCUCCUAGUUGGGCAGAUAUCAACCACCAGCCCCCUCCUUUGUGCCUUUAGCUCAUCUGUUAGAUCAACCAUGUUCUAAGAGAGUCAAGGCUGGGUUUCAGUGUAUGGAAACAAACCCUUAAUUCACUGGUCAGGUUUUGAACAUUGAGGUAGACAUGUUUGGUCAGGGUUGGCUGCUGGCUUGUUAUUGUUAAAUAGUAAGUGAUUGAUGGUCCUUGAAUGAGAGCAUGAAUCCUUUGCAUAUAUUUGAAGAAAGGCUAGAUACCCUUUACAGAAACAACAUUUUAUUUCCUAAAGGAAAGUCCAUUUAUAAAAUGAUUAAGCCUUGUGUUUAGUUUUUUAGCAUUCACUAUCUUUUGGUGCUCUUCUCUUCAUUUUUAAAAUUAUUAACAACAGAUACUCCAGGGAAUGCUUUUAAUUCUGACUUGGUUAUUGCUUACCAUUUUAUUCCACACCAGAAGAGUAUUUGGAUUAAACACUAAGGCAGCUUCAAAAUUACUUUAACUGAAGCAGAACACCAUUAUUGCUUCAAGAAAAGCAAAUUGG